CGUUUUCUGGACGUUUUCAAACGCAAAAUAAUCGUGAAAUAUGUGCGUUUAAUGGACAAUAGUGUUUGUGCAUCGAUUAUCUGUGCGAAAAGCGUAGAAAAGUCAAGUCCGGUUAAGCCUCAGUGGGAAGCAGCUAUCUGGACAAAGUAGGAACCAUUUUCGGGAUAUCCUGAUAUGAACCACUUUGUAAUGGCCGUUAUGUCCGUACCAGUACCAAAAACUAGAGGCCAACCGACGAUUCAUAGCAUAGGUGAUCCUCCCUCGGUGACAAACACACUGCAACGUAAUCUAGUAGUACCAUCGGUAAAACAGUUAGAAGCUUUUGGACCCGGUCGCAUCGCGUAAACACACGACGUCCCGCAAGGACCCAAACCAAGAUACCGUUCUUCGUCGAUUAUCAUCAAGGCAAUUUUGUUGUUUCUUUUGGAAGAGAAAAAGUGUUCAGUUUAAUGUGAUUUGAGGUGGUGUACCGUACCAAAAGAAAACCAUGUCUGCGACGUCGUCGUCCGCUAGUAAUAACUUGACAGCAACGUCCAGCCAAAGUACUAACAACAACAAUCCCGGCAAUGUUCUCUCGUCACCGUCUGCGCCAUCCAACAUCGUCAUUCUGGACAAUCAGGUUCUGGAUAGUAACGAUGUAGUGGCCGCAGCCGGUCUCCAGCAGUUGUCCAACGCCGGUACUCUGAAGCUGACGAGAGACUGUGCGGUGCAGUAUUCGAAUUUAAUCAGUAGCUACGCAGCGAGUAGUAGCAGCAGCAGUAGCAGCAACAAUAGUGGUAGUAAUAGUGGAACAACUAUCGUGGGCAACAAUAGCUCUCAGAUGAAUACAGUGAACAUUAUACCGGGAGACGCCAAUCAGACCAGCUCGCGAGUGCAGGUGCUUAGCAAUGUACAGUUGGUGUCGAAAGGCGGCUCCCAACCAUCUACAUUCAGUUACGUAGAUGCCAGUGGAAAGAAUUUUAACGUUCUCACAUCAAGCGGCAAAAUCGGCAGUAAUAAGUUGAUCAGUGUACCGAUUACGAAAGUGAAAUCUUUUAAUCAUAUUGGUGGACAGCAGCAGCAGCAGCAGCAACAGCAGACGCAAAUUGUUUCGUCUUCUGUGCAGCAUCAACAACAGCAGCAAAAAGUAACAGUUCCACGCAGUAUUCAGUUGGUAACCAGGAUUCCAAACUCAACCAUUUCCGUCAGCAAUGGACGCGUUUCGCAGAUCGCAUCGACGAUUUCGUCGCCUCCACAGCCAUCGACGCAGCAAUUCACAAUUCAACAGUACCCGGACUCUAGUGCUAAUUACACAAGCAGUCCCAUUAUCAGUGCCAGUACUGGUGCUGGCAAUAAAGCAGUACCCGCCAAGUGUAAAUCUACGGCGACAUCACUCAGAAUGUUGCAGAAUUCAUCCGCCAAUCAGCAGCUUGGUCCCAAGCCAGCGGUCGGCAAAAGCAUGAGUGUUAGUCUGAAAAGCGUACGGACUAACUCGAAGGCAGCAGUGUCCAGUGUUAACUCGCCGCAGUAUUUUGUAAAAAGUUCAACUAACGGAACAGUGCAACAGCUAGGUGGAACAACUACCUCCAUCUAUACAACAUCCCCGGCCCAAGCAGUCUACCACAAUCCGACGCCUCAUCCGGUUCCCCAGCCGGCAUCGAAUCCUUUUGCGCCGGCCACUGGCAACACCGGGAAGGGUCGAAAUGUUUAUAAAACAUCGAAAAACCAGUUAAUUGCACUGCAGCAGCAACAACAGCCACAAACAUCUCCGCAACGCUCGGUGACACCGUCCUCGAGCAGCGGUUCAAUCAGCACAAUACCGCAGAGCUCUGUGUACGGUGGCAGCACAACGGCCUCCCUGGUGCAAGGUAACAACCGUUAUCAACCGAACUACUACUCAGCCCCACAAUCCCCGUCUAACCUAGCCAGCAACAACUAUAAAUCGUUUAACCAUCUCUACACAGGAGUGCAAUCGUCUUCGACAACGGCAUACGAUUCGACGAUCGGUUCGUCCUCAUCUGCGGUGGAUCAUCACGGACCGGUCGUUCCCUCGAUGACGGUAACGGGUUACUGUUCGUCGACGGGUAAGGGAAAAAAGUAUACGGCCGUUGUGAACAAUGACGUGUCCGCGUCUCCGGUUAAAGUUCGCGGAAUUGGUCGUGGCAGAAAUAACAGUUUAUCAAGCAGCUAUCAGCAGCAGCAGCAGCCAUCUUCGGAAUCACCUUCCCCGUAUCAACGCUAUUCGGCCUCCCCGUCGAGGCCCACGCAACAGCAAUUCCAUCCUCCGCCGCUUACGGGCAGUACUCUCCACUUGCCGAGCAAUAAUCGAGAUGAUCAAAUAUUUAUUAAUGGCCAGCAAAUGACGGACGAAUCGUCCGCUCGCAUUCUGCAGAGCUUGGCUAAUAAAACACCCGAUAACGGGGGAAAGUACAGCUGCAAACCGCAGCAAACGUUUAACUUCUACGGAUCGGAAAGCAUCCCGCAAAGUGCCGCCAGCAGCAGUAGUAGUGGCAGUGCAGUGAUGAAUACCGGCAGCAUUCCGACUCCGUCGGGAGUGGUGUAUGAUCCAAGUGAUUCUCGGUUCUACGAGGAGAAAGCCGAUGGUAGGAGGUCCAGCACAUCGGAAGUCAUCACCUACGCGGAUAACAUCCCACUGCGUGAAGGCUUCCCGGCUUCUUACACCUACAACCACCGUGACGAUGAUGAUCAGAUAGGCGAGGAAGUGCGUCCAGCUCCGGUCGAUACGUCCCAUGGAAUUCGGUAUCACAUUUUACAGGCGGUGCUGCAAGAUCAUACCUAUGUAGCCACCGUUCCGGAGCUCAAGCUACCGGAACAACCGCCACCGGCGGUUGCAUUACUAUCUGGUGGUCCCUUGACACCGGUACCGAGCCAACCAGUGCUAAAUCAAUCCUCCCAAAUGGUAGGAAGACUACCGUCCCAAGCACAGUCUAAGCUUCAGUCUAGCUUGUGCUCGUCGUCUACCGGAUCCGUACCGUCGUACUCUUCAGUUAUGUUAACUCAAUCUCCCUCAUCACACGCUAUAGCGACUACAGUGUCCGCACCUGCUGUCAGCGUCACAAUUCCAUCGGCUUCCGUGCCGGCUCCACUAACGCAGAUGAGCCUAAGUACGUUGGCUGCGAUAACUGCAUCCCAGUCGAACAACAACUGUGGUAGCAGCACCGCCAUAAGCAGCAGCAGUGUCCACCAGCAGCAGAGCAGCGGCACGCUGGAUCUGUAUCAUCGAUCGACGGCCAUCGUGACGGCGGCCGGGGACGUAUCGACGGCCGGCGACGCUCAGGAUGACGAUGCUAACUCGGUGAUCAGUACCGGAUCGCGCAAUCUGAACAGCACCGAGAACGAUUUGGGCGAGGAAACCGAAACGGCCCCGGAGGGCGAGGGUGAGGACGAUUCUGUCACCCGCUGUAUCUGUGAUCUGACGCACGACGAUGGCUACAUGAUUUGCUGUGAUAAGUGCUCCGCCUGGCAGCACGUCGAUUGCAUGGGCAUCGAUCGGAUGAACAUACCGGACGAGUACAACUGUGAAAUCUGUCAACCGAGACCGGUGGAUAAAGCCCGGGCUCGGUUGCUGCAGCUGGAAAAACGCAAAGAGCAGUCGCUGUUUCUGGCCAACAAUAACCUCCAGUUGCCGGUUGCCGAUUCGGCCGUAAGUAGUUCUAACCUGAUCAAUUCGCAGUCCGGAACAGGGGCCGUUGCCGGUUCCGGCAGCGGUAAGGGUGCCAACCAGUACACAACCGGAAAAGCGGUAGCCGGUUCGAAAAAGAACAAAUCUUCCGGCGGGAGUGCGAAGAAAAAGGCGAACGAUGGGAGCUCGGCGGCAAGUAAAAAGAGCAGCAAGAAGGGUUCCGACAGCAGUGCGCUAAAUCGAGUUAACGGAAAGCGGAAAGAGCUCAAGAAGCCGUCGAAGAAAAAGGUGAAAUCCAACGAACCGAACGCGGAAAAGAUGAGCAACAUGAUUCGGAACUGGAUCGAUAACUACGAACGUGCCAUCACGAAUCACUACUCGCCGGAGCUGCGGGCACGUUUGCAGGCCUUCGGCAAGAUGCAGUCGCAAAAUCCGCUGCUGAACUCCGAUCGUCUUAUUCCGGCGAUGGAGGUCGUGAAUCUGCAGCAGAAGUGUACGACGGUUCCGCAUGCCGGGGGGAAAAUAUUGAUCAGCACCGGUGACAUCGAACCGCUAGCGCCGAUCAUCGAAAUCAGGGGAAAGUAUAUGCUCUCUUCGCAGCAUAAACCACUCCAGUCGCUGUUCAAUAUGGCCGCGAACGGAAAGUUGGCCAACAACAAGAAUGCUGGACCAUUCUUGUUCCUGUACCAGCUGACGCAGGGUGGUAUGGAGUUGUGUGUCGAUACGAGGACGUACGGUAAUGAUGCUCGCUUUAUUCGCCGGUCGUGUCGACCGAAUGCGGAAAUUCUGCACAAUAUCGAGAAAGGGGUGGUUCAUUUGUAUAUUGUUUCUACUGCGAAUAUCAAGGCGAAUACGGAAAUUACCAUCAAGCACGAUGAGCAACUGAUUCAGAGGGUUGGUGGUGUUGUUAUCUUAACGCACACCACGGUCACGAACCUCUGCGCCUGCGGUUUAAUCAAAGAAUGUCAAUAUUCUGCCCAGCUGAGUGACGGAUUGUUUCCAAACCAGACAGCGGCUACAAAUGUGGCCGGGGCAAUCGCUGGAAGUGCUGUUGGAGCGUUACCGCAGGCGGCAAUUGGACCGGGCUUUACCCCGGGCGGAACUACAACCACCAAACCGUCCAAAAGCAAGAAAAAUAAUGGUGCUCUUAGCGGUGAUUGUGAAAAGAAGCCAACGAAAAAACGAAACAGUCGUUCCACCAGUUCCAGUGCCGAAACACGUCUAAGAUCGAUCUCUUCGAGUGGUGAAAGUGCAAAUGAAAUGAUGCUGUACGCUCAACACGCGCAGCAGAUGCAUCUCCAGCAGCAGCAGCAGCAGCAGCAACAGCCAUCUCUCUCACCUGUGCCACAGCAAUCUCAAUUUCAACCGAUGGCUUCACAGCAUGUCAUCUCACAGCAACUGCAGCAAACGGCGCUGCACUUUAUUCACCAACAACAACAACAGCAAUCUUUACCUUUAAACCAUCCGGUUUACAUGUACAGCCCUUCGCCGACACAUCAAUCUACGACGGUGACGACGCUGGCGCCUCCUCAACAUCAUCCGGUGCAUCCGCAAACACCGCCACCGUCGAGCCCCGUCAUGGGAAUGCCCAACAGGCCGGGAUUUUAUACGGAGAUAAAAUCACCACUCAAUUCGCCACCGCUCAAUCUGAGCGGUCCGCCUCCGCUGGCCAUCCCAGCAAUGGCUUCGCCAGUCAAAUCAAUGGUUCAACUACAACAAAUGGCGUCGCCGAUGGCCAGUCCAUCGGCCCUGCCGGUACCGUUGACCCAGACCCAGCACCCAGAGCAUCAACACCAGAUCUUAUCCACAAUCGUUCAACAGACCCAACAACCGGUUCAAUUGCCGGAACCAGUUCGGUUUGAUUCGAUCCAUCAGCAGCAGCAGCAACAACAGUACCAGCAGCAACAAAUAAUGGAAGACAUUCUGAGAAUAAAAAUCAAAUCACCAAUCGCUAGUCCGAUUAAGCAGGAACCUCCUAAAUCUCCGGUGCAAGUCAGCAUGUUGUCACCUCCCCCGCCGCCUCCCAUUCCAAUUGCCCAGCGAAUACUAUCUGCGGAGACGUUGAAAAGUGAACUUUUCCACUCCCAUCAACAGUCACCACCAGCCCAAAUGCAGCAGCAGCACGUUCCACCACCGUUGGCUAAUCUGCGCCCGCAAUCUCCAGUAAAAACCGAAUUUCCCAAGCUAGAGAUUAAACAGGAACAUUCCUUGCUGCUUUCGCCACCACGGCCACCAAUCGCGCUUGUUAAUCAACUAUCUCAUCCGCCUGCUGUUGAGGUCAAAAUCGAACAGCAGGAGGUUAAAACGGAGCCCGGCGUACAAAUCACAAAACUAGAGGACGCACAUCCGUCGGUGGUAACGAAGGUCGAACCCAGUGAGCAACAACCAUACUAUCUGUCGCCGAAACGGGAACCAUCACCGCUCCCACCACCACCACCAGCAUCAGCACCCUCUGUGCUUGACGAUAGCAAAGAAGACAUCGUCCCAGUGACGCCCACAAAUGACGCCAGUCCGUGCGAGAGUGCCGCAAGCUCUCCAGUAAAAUCUCAACCUCCUUCCACCGUGACGACUCCCGUCUCAUCAACGUGCCCUGCAGCCGGAGAAGGUGGUAGCAAAGGUAACAGUACCAAUAACUCCCCGCAUUCGACAUCGCAACAACACCACACGACGUCGGGCAGCAGUAAAAAGAAAGGCAGCAGCAAGGAUUGCUCCAAGGAGCACACCGCAACGACGACGGACGUCGUCAAAGAGGAAAAGAAACCCUCUCGAAAGCUAACCCGCGAGGAGCGCAAAAUGGAAGCCAUCGUCAAGGCGUUCGAAAAGAUGGAACAAUCGCAGCAGCGCAAACAGGAACUCAAAGAGCAGCGCAAGGAGGGCAAACGGCGCAGCGUGUCGUCAUCGACGCCGGAUGAAAGCGGCGGCGGUGCUCCCGGCGGGACAGUGUCCGGGGGGCCGGCUUCAGCAAAGAAAAAGUCUCUCAGCUCGGCACAGCAGAAACGCAAGAAAAAGAAAAGCAAAUCACUCAGUCAGCAUUUCGGUUCGCCCAAUCAGAGUCGAAAGAAGAAGGUGUCUAAAUCGUCGAAAUCUUCGUCGUCGUCAUCGUCCAAGAAGCGAACCAGUGCCGGUGCUGCGCAGCAGCAAAAUAGCCGCCCACAAGCGGAUAAGGAAGCCGAACUGUUGCUCACUGCAAUGUCGUCGUCGCAAACCAACGAAGGACCGAAGGAGCUGCUGAAAGGUGAGGAACAAUCCCUUCCUGUGGCCUCCUACUUCGGCGAAGACGUGCAACCGAUGCCGGCUGACGGUGCCGCAACGGAGAAUCAUACACCGAUGACAACAACCCCCGUGAACAACAGUGAAAGUGAAACACCGUCCCCUUCGGCGGGGGGAAGCAUUUCCAGCAGUCUACCGUUGCUCAGUUCUGCUUGCAUGCUGGUGGAAGCAGCUGUUGGUCCACUGGAGCAAGCUUCCAGCACGACUCCAACGGAGCAGGAUUUUAAAUUUCCUCAAAAGGCGAAAACGAAGAAAAGUAUGAGUCGCGAGUGGAUGAGCGGUCAAACAACGACGGGUGGAGACUCGCCUGCUGCCGCACUUUCCUAUCGGAGAGUAACACCGGAUCAGGAUUCUGGCUAUAUGAGUGAGGAGAAGACUAUUGAUUUCCGGCGAGGAGGAGUGCUGAUGGAUGAAAGCAUAUCGACGCCACUGGGUGUGGACGUUGGCGAACCGAGCAUAUGUAUAGUGGCGAAAAAGGUUGAGGAGUUUAUCGCUCAAAAUUCUCCCCAAUCGGACGAAGUCAGCGGUCUCAAGUGGGACGAAAAAGUUACCUCCGGUGGAGGCUUAACUUGUCUUACAACCACUGGCGGUUCCCAGGAACAGCAUCAAACCCCAACUAGUGGUGGCAAUGUAUCGGAGAGUGCUUCCGUUAAAAAGCGCUGGCUUCGACAAGCGAUCUCCGAAGAAACUGACGAACUGAUGCACGCCUCCAAUUCUCCUCCGCCACCGAACGGGUUCACAACACCGUUGAAAAAACGACGCGUUAUACGACAAUCAGACGACGCACAACAACAACAACAACAACAGCAAUCGCUCAGUCAAUCACAAAACCAAACAUUUUUAGCCGCACAGAAAAUUGACUUCACCGGAACGGUGGUACAACAGCAAAGCGUAUCGCAGCCAAUAACCAGCAGCCCGCAGCAUAACUAUCAUGAACCUAGUCUGUACUGGUCCAACACUGGCCCACCUCCGCUAACGUAUUCCACACGUGCUCAUCCGCUGCUGGACGAAAAACAAGCCAUGGAUCUCUCGCGGACGGCACCGAUCCGAGUACCGCAGCAUACCGGCCGCAUUCAACCGUACAAAAUCGUCCCGAUAGCGCAGGCCCUAACGCCGCUGCAUUUCACCGAUCCGGAUCCACUUCCGAUUCCACCACCAGUGGCAAUAGUUCCCCCGCCAACCGCCAUCAUUCAAUCGCACCACCAACAUACGAUGCAUGAACGAACGUACGAACCGUUGCCUGUGGCAGCACCCCUUCCACCGCCCUCUGCCAUGGCAGCAAUGGUUCCAGCAUCGCUAAUACCACCAGAACUGCAACCCAUGAGCGUAGCCUCCCCGGUACCAUCGGAAACGUUACAUCAACCGCAGCAGCAAGUGCGAAUCGACAUGAGCUAUUCCACCGUACCUUCUUACCACCACCACCAGCCGGCGACUUCCGUCGGCGGUUCCGUCGGAGCGCUUGUGGCUGCGGCAGCGCCACCCAUUCAAUGCAUUACCCGAAGCAAGGGAAGCAAAAAGUACAUCGCUAGUCCGGCAAAAUUUCAGCAACCACCGUCACCGGCGGAUUCCGCCAGCAGUUGCUCCGUCACGGAAACGCCGGAGAAAAACUCGAACCUCAGCAGUAGUAGUACGGAGAAUAGUGCCGUAAACUCCGACAUCGACGAAGAACAGCAAUCGGUGAUUCGGGCUACCGUUUCCGAUCAACAGGUGCCGAUGGGACAACCCCUAGCCGGCGUCGCUGAUGAAGUGGUUAUCGUGCAAGAAAGUGAAGCGAUUCCGUUGGAAGAGCCGGUCGUUAACGUAGUUAACGUAGUGCCGGACGUCGCGAGUGAAUAUACGCCUGUAGUGGAAGAUGUAGUAAUGGCCAAAGAGGACACGUUCGUUCCGGAAGAAGAACAAAUCGUAACGGUUAGUGAAGUGUUUGCGGAGCAAAUCGUCGAACCGAUGGACACGAGCGGUGAAACGGUUAGCAACGAUGACGGUGGGUUGUUCGAAUCGCAGGAAGCGGAAGCAGUUAGACCACAGAAACGACCAUUAUCACCGGAGAAUGUUGUACCGGUUGCAGCUUUAGCAUUGAAUGGCCGAGAGAAAUCUUCUGCCCCUUUAACAGCAGUGGGGAACCGAGACGAAAAUGAGUUGGAAGAUUUGCAGAAGGUGAUUGCAUCCUUUCAUUCCGAAAACAUAAUGAAUCUAAUUUCGAGAAACAAAAAAAUGAAGAAAAGUGCCGGUCGCGACGGAAGCGGGGAAGACAGACCACGAGUAAGGCGGCAGCCCAAAAACAAACAACCUGCUGCGGCGGUGAGUUUGCCGGAAAGUGUGAAUGAAAUCGCUGGAUCAAUCGAGAUGAAGACAUCCGUUGAAUCGACUGACCUAAUAACAACAACAACUACAAUGACAGCAACGGAACCAAUUGUUCCGCAACCGGUCGCAGUCGAAACUACGGUUUCUGCAAUACCCGUCCUAACGAGAACCUAUUCGCAGCCUUCCUGGCUGUCAGCCACGACCGAAACGUUCCGAGAAGUCGGGUCUGAAGUAAGAAGUUUAUCCAGUCUGCGACCGGACAUUCCGGCGAUUAGCUACAAUUCACCGUCUACUUACCAAUCAACAGCGGCACGAAAUCUGCUUUCCUCACUGUCGGUUGGCUCGGAGCCACUGUCCACCCUAGGAAGCUAUCGAUCCGGAUCGUCAUCGUUCCUCGACUAUCCCAAAUCGUCGAUAAAUAGCAUACCGACCGUCACCGGAACAACGGGCAGCAGCAUAUACCAGUAUCGUCCGUCGACCGAAAUCAGCUCACUGCUGGAGAAAGGUUUCUCCAGUUCGAGGCCAUCCAGUUUUUCGACUUUAUCCUCCUGCAGCUCUAUCAUCGGGACGGAGCGAACCGGAAGCUCCACGAUCAGCAGCAGUAACAGCACUAGCAGCGGCACCAGCAGCAGCAGCAUCAGCAGCAGUACCCUUCUCUCGUCCGCUACUCUCGGCGCCAGUCCCAAAAUAACAGAGAAUUUAUCCACCCUUGGUGGAAGCAGCAAUAGCUCGACAAGCUACCCGAAAAUUUUCACCAAAACGGCGAGUUCAGAUCCACGACUAAACCCGGCGCUGACCAUUCCGGAACCGGCGACCCCCAUCACACCGAAGCGAAAACUUUCCAUCAACGAGUAUCGUCAGCGAAAAAUGCAAACCUGUCCAGCAGCAGCAACAGCUGCUGCUUCGUCGUCGUCGGCGGUAGCUUCGUCCAGUAUGGACGGAACAGUUUCCGCAACUUCGUCAUCCACUUCGUCGAGCAGUAACAACAGCCGGGAUGGCUGUAAUCUGAUCAGCAGUAGCCUCGAAAGCAACGAUGUCAGUUCGUCCAUCAGCAAGGAGCUGAAUCUCGAGCUGGAACUGGAACUCAGCCGCUCGGAAGAUGAUGAGGAAGUCGACGCUGCGGAACCGGAGAAUCCUUCCGCUGCUGUCGUGUCGAUAGUAACGACGGCGGCAGGUACUACGACCGAGGAAGCCGUUGCGGCGGUGGUGCUCAUCGGUGAAGCUGGCGAACCCGGCGUCGUCACAGGCAAGGACGAUACAGUGUAAGGUGGAAGGAACUCUAAAGGCUUAGGGUUUUGGAGUACUUAGUUUGUACCUGUCGAUAGAAUACGGAGCUUCUAUUUCAGUUGCUACAGCAUCGAAUGCAGCGGUCAGCGCGUAACGCCAUUGCAGCGCCUUUUCAACCGAAUUUGGCCGCGACAAUUCGCAGCAGCUAAUAUGGUGAAAGCUAAACAGACGGCAACCGUCCCCUGCUGGAGAGUGCCCGUUUGCAAACAGCAUCCACAAUACCAGGACCAGGAUCAGCAUGAUGCCAAAGCAAACCAAAAGCGGGGGAGAAUACCGAAUUGACAAAUUUCUAACAAAAGACGACGGAAACAACAAUAACUUGAACAACAACAACAACAACCAGGUAAACUGAAAUUACGGAACAAUUCGAUAGCGACGCUGGCAGUCCAAUUCGAAUUACUACAACUCAUCAUGCAAUUAAUUGCAGGUAGAAAAAAAACUAGAGCCAAGCAUGAAUUUUAGUAAUGAGUCUUGCGCUGCUGAUGAGAAAUCAAAAUGACAUAACAUGUGUAACAAGUACGCGAAUAGGGUCGAGCAGGCCUACUUCUUGUGGAAGUAGUAUAAUAAUAUUAGUACUAAUAGCAGUAGCAUCCAAUAGCGGGGCAAGCAUUGAUAGGAUAACGCUUGCCAACAUUACGUAAUCGAUUAUACACACUCAUUGUCGAUAGCUUACAAAAACGUGUAGCUUUCGGUGCUACAUCUUGUAAAUAAUUCCCUUCAAUGAUAGCACUUAUGUAAUUGAACUACAUCUCUUUUCCAAAUGGAUCUCCUUGAUUAUUUUUUAGCAAGGCAGUGUUAUUCUUGGGGAUAAGAAG